AUGCGCCCAAGAUCGCUCGUCAAACCAAAGGUGGCGCCUUUGCUUGAUACACAACCACCAGCUUCUUGGGACCCCGAAAUCGAUGUCAAAGAUACUGAAGCGGAUAUCGAACGGUUUAACAACGAUCCCGAGUAUUACAAGACAUUCAGGAAACAAAUUGAGCAACAAAUGAACGAGAAAUUUGCUGCGAGCAUCAAGAACUUAGAAGCACAUGAGAAAGGGAGACAGCCCAUCGUUACUGACAGCGGUUUACAAUAG